GCGCACCUCACCCGCACUGAAUGAAUCAUUUUCGAUUGUAGGCGAAGAAAGACAGCCCUUCUCAACAUCAAACAGCGCUUGAUUUUCGUCAAUUCCUAUCGGAAAACCCUCAAUUGCUUCAGAAUGAGUGGUGCUAAGGCUGUCGCAGAGAACAUGCUGUGGGGAGGUCGAUUCACUCAGGGCCUCGACCCCCUCAUGGUUCAGUACAACCAGUCCCUCCCCUACGACCGAAUCCUUUGGAGCCAAGACAUUGCUGGCUCGAUCGCCUUUGCCCGCGCGAACACAAAAUCCGGCAUCCUCACCGCACACGAGUUCUCCGAGAUUGAGCGCGGAUUCAAGCAGAUCGCCGAGGAAUGGAGCACAAACACGUUCGUUGCCAAGGAGAAUGAUGAGGAUAUCCACACUGCCAACGAGCGCCGUCUGUCGGAGAUUAUUGGCAAGGAAAUUGGAGGCAAACUACACACUGGUCGCUCCCGUAACGAGCAGAUCGCAACCGACAUGCGUCUGUGGUUGCGCGAUGAGCUGCGCAAGCUGGACUCCUUCCUCUGCGACCUGAUCAAGGUCUCCAUUGCCCGUGCCGAGUCCGAGAUCGACUACCUCAUGCCGGGAUACACUCACCUCCAGAAGGCCCAGCCCGUCCGCUGGAGUCACUGGCUCCUGUCUCACGCGACCGCUUUUGCCGACGAGCUCAAGCGUCUGCGUGAGGUGACCAAGCGGGUCAACCGCUCUCCUCUCGGUACUGGUGCUCUGGCUGGAAACCCGUUCAAGAUUGACCGUGAGGCUAUGGCCAAGGAGCUGGGAUUCGAUGGCCUGCUGUACAACUCCAUGAACGCUGUCGCUGACCGUGACUUUGCCAUGGAGACCAUGCAAUGGGGUAGCUCGUUCAUGCUCAAAAUCUCUCGCUGGGCCGAGGAUUUGAUCAUCUACUCUAGUCUGGAAUUUGGCUUUGUUCGCCUGUCGGAUGCCUACUCCACCGGCUCGUCCUUGAUGCCUCAAAAGAAGAACGCUGACAGCCUGGAGCUUCUGCGUGGUAAGGCUGGUCGUGCCUUUGGCCACAUGGCCGGUUUGAUGAUGACCAUCAAGGGUCUCCCUACUACCUACAACAAGGAUCUGCAGGAGAGUGUGGAGCCUCUCCUCGACCACAUCAAGACCGUCGGUGACAGCAUCCAAAUUGCCACCGGCGUCCUUUCUACCUUAACGACCGUCCCCGAGAAGAUGGUCGCCGCCCUGGCCCCAGAGAUGCUGGCCACCGAGUUUGCCGACUACCUAGUGCGCAAGGACGUUCCUUUCCGCGAGGGCCACCACAUCUCCGGCCGUGUUGUUGCCCUGGCUGAGAAGCACAACAUUUCAAUGGACCAGCUCUCCCUCGAACAACUCAAGGGCGUCGACGCUCGAUUCGGCGAUGAUAUCCAGGAAUGCCUGGACUACGAGCGUGCUGUUGAGUUGAAGGAUGCUAUUGGCGGUACGAGCAAGCGUGCCGUUCUAGAGCAGACCUCUGUCCUCAAGAGCAUUCUGUAAGGAAUGCUUGACUUUAGAAGAUGAAAGCACUUUUGGUAGCGAAUUAGAAGGAAAAAGGCCACGUUUUAGGUUUAUCAUGAUAUAUCGUUUAAUACAUAGAGUGGUUUAGGUGUUCGUCUAGAUGCUAGUCCAGUAGUGUAGGGGAUACAGUAUAUGGUACUAUUGUACAACAAGCUCAGCUCCAGGCUGGCAUAAGAGUAGGAUAUUUAGUCUAUGGAGUGCUUUCUAAGGGGUUCGUCUACACCGUGAGCAAGAUAGGCCGAAAAAAAAAGCAAUGUUGAACAGAAGAAAAUACCUAAAAUGGGAAAGAGCGAUAACUGUCCACUCCGCGGUGGACCGUAAUAGGAC